AUGGCAUUUCUCUAUCAGAUGCUAGGAAGCAAAGUGUGGCCGCCCCGCGACACGAAACCCGAUCUGACUGGGCGGACUCUACUCAUUACUGGCGCAAACUCUGGCCUGGGAAUCAUCAUCGGUGUACGGUCGGUCGAGAAGGGCGAGGAAGCCAAAAGAGCGAUCCUAGCCCAAACACACCCGAAUAAUGUCACCAUCGACGUCUACUAUCUAGAUAUGCUGGACUACGCUUCUAUUGAGGCUUUUGCGUCGCGCCCCCCAUGCCUACAAGGAAUCAGCCUAUGGAUUCGAAUCGCUUUGCAGGUUAAUCUGGUCUCAACGACACUUUUAGCCUUACUCCUGCUACCCAAGCUAUUGUCGAGCAAGAAGGACGACUUCACCCCGGUGCUUGAAUUAGUGGGGUCCGGCACUCACCAGCGAAUUCCACAACUGCUGCCGGACACUGAUAACCCGGAGCAAGAUAUCCUAGAGGUUUACAACUCAGAAGCCUCAUUCCAGGCCUUUGGGUUUAUUCAGCAAUACUCACUAACAAAGCUCUUUCUCAUGUAUGUACAGUGGCACCUUGUGAAACUUGUGAAUGAUGAUGCUGGGUCACCUCGAGUAUACGUCGUUGUUGUUGGCCCAGGCCCGACUCAGUCUGCACUGGCAAGGGACUUUCAAGAUAAAUCGCUCGGAGUCCGUCUCGCGGUCAACACUCUGAACCUGAUGUCGAAAACAGCUGAGCAGGGCGCAAGGACAUAUCUUAGUGGUCUUAUGCUUGGCGAGCAAGGCCACGGGCAGUUUUGGCAAUGGGACUCAAUCAAUAAGCCUGCGAAGUGGUGUUCGGACCCGAAUGCUAUUGUGCGAUCGGAGCGAGUGUGGGCUGGCGUGCUUGCUGCUCUUGAAAAGGACCUUCCUGGAACUCGAAAGCUUGUAGCAGGAGUAAAGGAUGGGCUGUCUGCUGAUUGA